AUGAGAAGUGCCAUAGCAUUAUGCUUUUUGGCUGUAUUUUGCUGUACCGCCGAUGCAACUAUUUUGGACAUUUCAUUUCGUCGAGUGCAGAAUACGAAAAUAGACGUGGAAAGUACCAUACGACAACUCAAACAUAUCCGUGAAAACACUCAGAAAGACGUAGAACUGGCAGUCGGGAAGGAAUGGUUGCGAUCAUCGGAAAAGUACAAUAACUAUGCCAAUUCAGUACUCAAUACGAUACGAAAAGAGGUAGAAGAUGCCAAGACGAGAGGUAGGAAUGCUGAACCAUGCUAUGAUGCCGCUCUUAAUAUUCUUAAGAAUAGUUACAAUACAACAUAUAUCGAUGCUCAACAAUGCCGAGAAAAGGCCAUAUGUUCUAUCAACAAUAACCUUAGUUUCAACGAUCAGCUUAUCACAACCGGACACGAGCUAAUAGAUGACUUGGACAACAUCUUUCCAGACUGCUACAAAAAAUAUUCGCGACUUAUCGACAUUAUAAAAUUGCAUAGUUGUAUCACCGAUCAGUAUGAAAUAAGUAAGAUUGGCGUGAAAAAUUUAAAGAGGGAUGCCAGUUCUGCUAGAUUUACUGCUAAAAGUGCGUCUAAAAGUGUCAAUCAGCAGACUACUGAUUGUCUGAAUAAGACUUUCUCGACCGCGCGUUUAGAAGUCGUUAGAUCAACCGCUACUAGAUGCCUCAAUAAUGUGUAGAAGGAACAUUUAUCUUUAAUUAUAAAUACAAUUUGUAUUUUCAUUAUGAAAUUAAU